CUUAUUUAAGCGGCAGGUCCGGUUUUUCCAGCAUUGCUCUGUUUACUUCACCUCCUUAGCACCUGACGAGGAAGUUCUUAAGGAAAUACUCAUGCUUUCUGUCAGAAUUUUGCUCCUGGAAUGCGGCAUUGUGGGAAACGUAGUUCUAGGCAUAAGGAUUCAUUGUCGUAACUUGGCACCUUCUGCGUAAAUCAGGACAUUAUGUAUCCGUCUCUAUCCUUACGUGCAAUGCUGCGGGGUGUCCUAUCUUCAUGGGCAGUUUCUGCAUAAGAAAGGUGGGGGGAGCAUAUGCUUUUGAAACCAAAAGAACUACAACUCCCAUAAUCCCCUGCUGCAUUCUCCCAAGCUCGCUGUAUGCAGGUUGCUCAUAGCAGCUGAUGGAAAGCUGAAAAAGAAAUCCCUGCUCGGUGAGAAUAAAGGAGACAUCUGCUUCCCUGGCUGCGGGAAUAAUGCGCGGAGUGCACGACUGCUGAGGCCAUGGCUGUGGAUGCUAUUCAUCGCAAUCGGAACUCCAAUAAUAUCGACCACUCUGCCAGCACGGACAACAUCAACCUGAACCUCCAGGGAGAGCACGCCGACUCGCCCUCUGUUAAGGACACUUCAAAAGUUCCAGAACCCAAAGGGACACCCAAGAAACUGCAGACAGAUGCACCCAAGCCCAGUUUUAAAGGAACAAAACCUGUCGCAUUCUGGACACAACAUGAUGUAUGCAAAUGGCUUAAGAAACAUUGUCCCAACCAGUAUCAACUCUACAAUGAGUCUUUUAAAGAGCACGACAUAACCGGCCGGGCUCUGCUCCGACUCACAGACAAGAAGCUGGAGAGGAUGGGGAUUGUUCAAGAGAGUCAGCGGCAACACGUCCUGCAACAGGUCCUUCAGCUGAAAGUCCGAGAGGAGGUCCGAAACCUUCAGCUCCUGACACAAGCCUCGACCGAAAGUUCUCCGUAAUAUAAAAGCGGUAGACUGCCGAUUUAAUCCAUCCCCUCGAAGAAAAAAAAAAGAAUCUCGAGCUUCCACGACGGUAGAAGAAUGUAUCUAAAAGACGUCAUCGAGCCAACGAGAUGGAAAGUGCAGCGUGUCAUUAAGUCUGUGAUUUAUGGCUGCCUGGAAGAGUGUGGCUCAAUGCUCUCUGCCUGUUAUUAUGUUCUCCUGCCAUGUGUUUCAGCCGCACAUACGGGAUCAUUUGCUGGGACUUCACUGUGCGUAACUACCACGGCUCAACAAAGGCCCAGCCAUCACAAUGGCAGCCACUUUUUCACACGGCACCUAUCAAAUUCCUCCCCUAUUAAAUACAUCAAGUUUCCUUUUUUUUCUCCCUCAAUGCCCUAUUCACAUCUGUUAGACAUUAUCACAGAGUUCUACCAGUGAUCAGAAUGUAAAUGUUACACCGAGCUCUUUAUAACCCCGGCACAAAGGCGAAGGAAACAAUGUAUCGCUGUGCUCCUGUCGCCGGCAUGUAUAGGAUAAUCACGUUGAAUUAUUGAAUUAUCGAGGUAUUUUAAAUGAGCACCUACUGAAUCUAAUCUUGAGUCAAUUGUUCUGCUUAUGUUUAAUGCAUGCCGAUUGUACAUUUCAUGGCUUAAAGGGUUCAUUCUGUUUCGGGUUGGUUCUCUUAAAGGAAAAAAUGUAUACCUCUUUUAAGUUGUUCCAUUACAAGACAGGGAUGUGAAGGGCAUAGACCCCACUUGACCUGGAAGAAGAAUGAGGGCUGCGAAAGUUAAUUUAACAGUAUCUCCCAUAAGGGAGUCCACCCCUCACAUUAUAUACAGUAUCUCCCAUAAGUGAGUCCACCCCUCACGUUAUAUAUACAGUAUCUCCCAUAAGUGAGUCCACCCAUCACAUUAUAUAUACAGUAUCUACCAUAAGUGACUCCACCCCUCACAUUAUAUAUACAGGAUCUCCCAUAAGGGAGUCCACCCCUCACAUUAU